GAGGGGAAGGGAAGAGUGUUUAAAAAAACGUGUGUGGGUGAAGGCAAGAGGGCGAAAUAGAAAGUGGAUGGUGGCGGAAUUUGCGGGUAAAGAUUACCCUGUAGGAGCCAGGCAAAGAAGUCCAGAAGAAGUCAGACCGGUCACAACAGAUUUGACCCAUGGCUAGAGAUAGCGUUAAGUUCCCAGGGCAAUCCUCCGACCAGAACUUGGAACCGCUCAAGGCGCAUCAAUAUGAAGGGGCUGGGGGGAAAGAAAAAGACGAGGCCGAGCAGAAGGAGGACUUCCUGAAAGAUGCCAAGAGCACCUGGGCCAAAUUUAUAUUCCAAGGCACUGCAACCGAGGAGAAAGACGCCUCUGCUAUCACCAUCAUCGCACAUCCUGAGAGUGAAAAUAACCAGGAGAUCUGCCCCAGCUCCCAGAAAUCCCAGCUGUAUAUACCAGACUCCAAUCAGUACAGCCUGUCAGAGAGCAUUGAAGACGUCCCAAAUAAUGUGACAAACUCCAGAGAGAGCAGGCUGGCAAAGAAGGCACGAGCUCCAAGGGGCAAAGGGAGGAAGGCAAAGAAGAAGAGAGGAGUCAAAUAUGGUGAAUGCAGGGGGAGGAGUGGCCCCGAACAAGAGAGCCAAGCCCCUAUACCUGUACAGGACGAUGAGUCCCAAACCAACAUGGGGUUUGAUGACAACCUAUGGAAGAACGACGAGAAAAACAGCUUUGGUUCCAUUUUGCAGCAGAACACAACAAUCACCGACUAUUUACCUCUGGCUGCCCCGCCGCUGAAUAAUUACGUUAAUCUGGAUAAACUCCAUAAACUCAUCAGUCCAAAUCAGUCCAUUUACCACGUGGGGAAAGGGAAAUCGCCACCCAAAACCUUUACGGAAACCCUUUUCCCCCCAUCCUCUAAGCUACCUGGAAUUAUUAAGGGCUUGAACCUAGACGACUGGGAAGAAGAAUGGAGCUCCUUAAAUUCCACCGCCCUCUUUAUGGACUCGAAGAACCAUUCUGUGGAAGAAUGUAUGUUGGCAGCUCAGAAGGGAAGCGUGAGCUCAGGGGAAGCACAAAACCUGUGUCUUCUAGCCAAGUCCUGGAGAAAAGCAGCAGACCUUGAGGACAUAGACAACACAGACAAUGAGGGUGUUCUUCUCCAUGAGCACCUGAAGCCAGUGGACUACGAAUUCAAAGAGGGCAUUCACUGGAGGCAGUGCGGAGAAAAAUUAGGCAGCGGUUCCUUCGGCGACGUCUUCCCAGCAAAGGAUUCGAAAUCAGGAUUUAUCUUUGCAGCCAAAAAGAUUCAUAUAAACCAGUUCCGGCCUGAAGAGCUGACAUCCUGUCUUGGGAUCUCUUCUCCGACGAUCAUCCCUUUGUAUGGGGCAGUCCGUGAAGGAUGCUGGGUCACAGUGUUCAUGAAGUUAAUGAAAGGAGGUUCCCUGGGCCAGCUGAUCAGAAGCGUCGGCUACCUACCAGAGGACCGAGCCCUGCAUUACCUGGGCCAAGUACUGACUGGCCUAAAUCAUCUCCAUAUGGCAAGCAUCAUUCACGGAGACAUUAAAGCCGAUAACGUGCUCCUGUCUGAAGACGGGGACAGUGUUUACCUGUGCGACUUUGGGCAUGCUGCUCAGAUCCCUCCGAGUAUAUCCAAGAAACCUCUUCUGACGGCCGACUAUGUCCCAGGGACGGAGUCCCACAUGGCUCCUGAGAUAGUGAAGGGAAAUCCUUGUGACACAAAGGUUGACGUGUGGAGCUCAUGUUGCAUGAUGCUGCACAUGCUGAAUGGCUGGCACCCAUGGACACGUACGCACACACCACCCCUGUGCCUGAAGAUUGCUCAUGAGCCACCCCCUCUAAAGGAGACCCCCCCAACUUGUGACCCUCUAACCUUCAAGGUCAUCGUGGCAGGGUUAGAGAAAGACCCACAGAAGAGAGCGACGGCAGCACAACUCAAAGAGAACGUGGACGCGGCUCUGCGUAAAAUCGGUGGUCUGAAGUCUCCAUGGAAAAGCGACUACAAGACCCCACGGGACUUCCCAUGCCCAUUCAGCGACACAUUAAAGAUUCCAAAACCACAGCCGCCUGUUCUGAAACCUAAGAUUGGUUCAAACGUCCACAGGAAAGAGGCCUGGGGUGACACUACACUUACUUUUGGAGGCAAGAGUUCGGAGCUCGAGAAGACCGCAUCUGACCUGGAACUAGAGCAGCUGGAGAUAGGUCUCAUGAGGGACAGCUUUGCUCUACCAUUCUAUCUUGAAGAACAUCAGCUGAUGUUGUCCUGUCUGAGCGAUGACAGCAUGGAGCCUUCACAAAGCCACAAGAUGUCUGCCUACACCUUGGACACAAGAAGCUCUGGGAUCCAUUCAUGGGACAGUCAAGUAGAUCAACCCAGCUUCCACAGUGACUCCAAACUUAGUGGAGGAACCACAGUCACCCCAAGUUGGUUCAAUGGGGUAAAAGUCCACUUGCAAAAGCUUGGUGGAGAGACGUUUCAUAUCCUGGAAUCGAGCAGGACCAAACUGGGCGACCUGGCGGUGGGGAUCAGUAGCCAGAUGGAUCUGAAUGCUUUCACCAUUCUCAGCCCCAAUGGGAAUUCUAUACCCUGGAACACGGAGAUCUCAAACUGCGGCGUCCAUCUUCAGUGUUCCCUGGCUCUCGAUGGUGACCGAGGCGGCUGGUCGUGGAGGGUGAAGGGCGGAAAGCUGGAAGAAGUGCCUACCGGGUAGAUUGCUAUAGAAAGACUCAGCAAUAAUCAGGGAGUCUGGAUCAUGUGAUGGAAUCCGUUACUCUGAUCUCCUCUUGUGCCUUAUGCGAUUUCGCAAAUCAUAUUUCUAAACAUCCAAGAAAAAUGUUUCUAAACCUGUUUUGUUAUCGACGACUCCUGGUGGAGGGUUCCGCAUUUUUCUGAUCGAGUGAAUUUUAGUUUUUCUUUUUUAAAAAUAAUGCAAAAUUCAUCUUUUUUUCCCCACAUCGGAAUAGGUAAUUAUUAGAGUUAAAGGGGCAAUCGUCACCCACGUCCAUCGUCUGUAACCAGAUACUUUAUAUUUGUAGAGCGGUUAGAGAGUAGAAAUGUCCGUAUAGACAGAUGUGGCAAAUUAGAUUUAAUUUUCCAUUGCUUGCUCGUU